AUGUCCUUUGGUGGUGGUGGUACUAGUAUAAGUGAUAGUGGUGAAGGUGGCGAUACGCAGCUGGCCACUUUUCAGCUCAGCAACCUACAUACCGAGAAUGACAGGCGGUUGGUGCAGCAACGGCUUGCUUCGGUUAACCCCAGCAUAGUGUUGCAUUUUGUUCACCAGGAGUUGACCACGACAAUCCCCACGGCCGCCGCCGCCGCCGCUGCCCUGGGAUCGGGGCAAGGAACACCAGCUUUGCUAAACGAGCUUGCAAUACUAGACAACUUGGCAGAUCUAGGGUUCAAGGCCGUUAUGACUUCGUCUAGUGUGCCGCAAGUGCAGACUCGGGUGAAUAUUCAAGGUAUGACGUGCGGAGCGUGCUCUGCGUCAAUCACCGAGUGCUUGGAAAAGCAACCGGGCAUUUCCAGGGCUUCCAUAUCCGCUGUUACCGAAAACGGGCUCAUCCGCCAUCUGGAAAACUUUCCCAGGGAGAAAAUCGUGGAAUUGAUUGAAGAUUGCGGCUUUGACGCUCAAAUUCAAGUGACAAAUUCGCAAUUGCUGUCGUCAUCGUCCUCGCUGUCGAGAUCACCUAGUCGAGUCAGCUCACCUAAUACAUCACCGAUGAAGCAAACUACUAUUGGGAUACUGGGGAUGACAUGUGGAGCCUGUUCGAGCUCAAUCACUGCGGCAUUGGAAGACUUGGACGGCGUUGAAUACGUUUCAGUUUCGCUAAUCACAGAAGAGGCCCUGAUACGACAUCCGGCGGCAUCCAUAUCUCCAGACCAACUCAAACAAGUAAUUGAAGAUUGCGGCUUCACGGCAACUCAUGUGCGUUCGACUGACUUGAGCAAGCAACCACGCGAAAGCCAGCCAGAGGCUGAAGAAAUCGCCCUAAAGCUCGUGGGGGUGCAUUCCACGACGGAUCUCUUGGGUCUUCGGUAUAAUGUAGAGGCUCUUCUCCAUAGCAUCCCCGGAGUGCGUUCUUUUCAUUUCACAUUGCAGGGCACCGAUGCCAAUUCCGUCGAGACUCCAGCUCAAACAAGGGAAAUCUUAACGCUGGAUGACACCGCUGCAAAUAUGCAAAACUUGGUGAAUGAAUUGAUCUUUGCCUACGAUCCAAUAAUUGUUGGCAUCAGAGACGUGGUGGACGCACUCAACAAAGUUGACGAAGAUGUCGAGUUCUUUGUCAUUAAUUCCUUGGAUCAAUCUUCCGCUUCCCAAUUGAGGCUACUUUCAAAAGUCAAGGAUAUCCAAUACUGGAAAAGCAUCUUUAUCCAGAGUCUAGUGCUAGGGAUCCCCAUUAUAGUUUUGGUGCAUACCGAACACAUGCAGAUAUGGAAAAGGGACACCAUGAUUUUCCCAGGUCUCUACUUGGUGACCUUGAUCGAACUCGUGCUUUCCACUUAUGUCCAAUUCCACUUGGGGGCCAACUAUAUCCGGAAAUUCUCGUCAUUUCUAAGAAAAGGUUUCCGAGGAGCCUCAAUGGAUGUCUUGGUUUGCAUCUCAACGAUGGUCACCUACAUCUUUUCCGUCACGUCGCUUGUUGUCAGUGUCUGGUACGGCAGGACGGAGAAGCCUCCAAAAGUGCUAUUCGACACUCUUGUCAUGUUAUUGACUUUUGUCUCCUUUGGUAAGCUACUAGAGAACAAGGCCAAGGGAGCAACAUCAACGGCGUUAUCGGGGUUGCUCCAAUUGACGCCCUCGACUUGCACCAUCAUCCAAAACACGGCAAAGUAUGACUCAAAUAUUGACGAUGAAAAAAAAAUCUCGCUGGACCAUUAUCAAACGCGGUGCAUUUCCAUAGACUUGGUCCAACCAAAUGACAUUGCAAUUGUCUUGCCCGGAGGCAAGAUCCCCGCUGAUGGUGUUGUAGUAUUUGGAGAAACCGAGGUGAACGAGUCUUUUAUCACGGGUGAGCCACUCCCGAUAUACAAGUCCAAGGGAGAUAGCGUCAUUGGAGGCACAAUCAAUGGUCCGCAUUUGAUACACAUCAAAGUCACCAACACGGGAAACAAGUCGCAAUUGCAACAAAUCAUCAAUCUUGUUAAAGAUUCACAAGUAAACAAAGCCCCCGUGCAGAGGUUUUCAGAUGUAAUCGCGGCAAGGUUUGUCCCAUCGGUGAUGCUCCUUGCUGCCAUAACUUUUGUCAUCUGGCUAAUAAUCUGCUACAGCGUCCACCCUGACGGCUUGCCCAAGAUAUUCAAAAAGGACGAGAAUGGCAAAUUUUUCGUUUGCUUGCAAUUGGCCAUCUCAGUGAUUGUAGUUGCGUGUCCUUGCGCUUUAGGUUUAGCGGCGCCAACUGCAAUCAUGGUGGGCACGGGUGUUGGUGCAACCAAUGGUGUCUUGAUCAAGGGUGCAGACAUUUUAGAAAAAACCACCUCGAUCAACGUGUUGUUGUUUGAUAAAACAGGCACUUUGACAACCGGCGAAAUGAGCCUAGUGAAAGCUAAUCCUAUCUUGAAAGACUCCAAGAUCACUGCCACUGAUUGGUGGCGUUUGGUUGGAUCCGUCGAGUGUAAUUCUGAGCACCCGAUAGGACGCGCAUUGACGAAACUGGCUAGAGUCAAAGCAGGGUUGACAUUUGAAGGCGACACAUUUGACUCCACCGUUGAACUGAUCAACAUUCUUAUUGGAUCAGGGAUCGAGGCCGACGUCAAGCUCGGUUCUCAAAAGUACAACGUCCACGUUGGAAAUGCCAAGCUUAUCAAGGAGAAAUUCCCAGACUUGUUGGCAGAAAUUGACGAGAUUCCAACAAAGACACAGAACACAGUUACUUUUGUUGUUAUUGAUGGGCACUAUUGCGGAUCUAUCGAGUUGUCGGACUCUUUAAAAGAAGGAUCGCGGGAGGUGAUUGAAUACUUGAGAAACGUGGAAGGCUAUACCAUUGGUAUGGUUACAGGCGACAAUCGAGGAGCGGCAUUACGGAUUGGGAAAGAAGUCGGUAUCGCCGAGGAAAAUAUAUUCUACGAGGUGUCUCCCGUGCAUAAGGACAAGGUGAUUACAGGUAUCAAGAACAGACUAGGCAGUGGUGCUGCAGGUGCUGGUGCAGGUGCAGAUGCUUCUGACAAUGUUGGAGUUGCAUUCAUUGGCGAUGGCAUCAAUGAUGCCCCGGCUUUGGCCAAAGCUGAUAUCGGCAUGGCCAUCAGUUCUGGCACUGACAUUGCUAUAGAGAGUGCAGACAUUGUUCUCAUUGGGAACCGAAAGGCAAACCAAACUGACCUUCACAGUGUUGUCAAUGCGUUGAAGAUUUCAAACGUGACCUUUUCUCGAAUCAAGUUGAAUUUCGUCUGGGCAAUUGUGUACAACUUGUUCAUGUUGCCAUUCGCCAUGGGGUGUUUCUUACCUUUGAACUUGAUGCUACCUCCAGUUGCAGCUAGCAUUGCCAUGAUGUGCAGCUCUUUGAGCGUGGUUUUCAGCUCGUUGCUUCUCAAAUGUUGGAAACCACCAAAGAUUGGCGGAAAAGCAGUAUCAAACUUGGACUUGGAACGAGGAGAGGAGGACAUUCAGGAUUUCGAUUUACGUAAUGGAACUAGAGAAGAGUUUGACGCACACAAGAGGCAAAAGAGCCUCACUUUUAGCCUGGUCCUCCGCAAACUCACGAGAAGAAACUUUAGGAACUCCACGACCGCUUCUCCUUCGUACGAAUUGGUUUUGGGCUCACUUUAA